UCUGCUGAGGUGUCAGUGCCACGUGCACCUCAGUCGGCUGGCGACUCUCAGAGUUGUAAUACUCACACUGCCUUCCUCCUUCCUGCACCACGAACACGGCAAGACUGCCGAAGCGUGAUCGCUCAGUCGAGAGUUCAAUUCCUGACGAGCUUCAUGCUUGAUCAGCUGUCUCAUUGGACUGACCUUGAAGUUUCAGCAACUUCGAACGCGAUCGAAGAGAGGCGUGUGAGACAGAUCCAGUGUUUACUCUUCACUCUUGAGUUUCAACGGAAUCUGCAAACAGGACAGAUUCAGAGCGUCUCGAACCUUUGGUUCAGGCAUGGAGUCGCUUAGUAGCACUCGUCCGCUAGCUGAAUCUUUCAAAUCGGUGUACUCGAAUCCGGAGCAUAUCGACUAUGCUGUGAUCGAUACAUUCACAAAUUCUGCAUUUUCAGGCAAUCCGGCAGCUGUGAUUCUUCUCCCCGAAUUCAGAGAUACAAAAUGGAUGCAGUCCGUUGCUGCAGAGUUCAGCCUCCCUGUAACCUGUUUUCUCGUGAGAAAAGACACGAAGUUAGUGGAAGGUGAUAAGGUGACCCCUGAAGAUGAGUUACCAAGUAAGAAGCUAGAAGUUACCACUUCUUUUGAUUCAAAAACCGAGGCUAGUGAAGACAGUGAUAUGACAGAGAAGGAGACGAAUGCCUCUGCAUCGGAAACUGACCUGAAGCAUGUAAUUCAUGAAUACGACAUUCGCUGGUACACUCAGUUCUCAGAGGCUGAUCUUUGUGGACACGCUACAUUAGCAGCUUCUUAUUUGCUCUAUGAAACUGGCUUAAUCGGUAAAAAAGACACUAUAUUCUUCCACACCAAGUCUGGUCUCUUAUCGGUGCGUACGGUGGGACCUAAAGACAGUGAUGCUCAAUCUUCUUCCGCGGAUGGCAGAAAGUUACCAACCGAAGACAUGAUCGAGCUGAAUUUUCCGUGGGUCACAACAACUCCUUCUCCGUUCUCCUCAGUAGAGAAGCUCACUCAAACACUGAAGAAUGUGGAAGUUGUUGCCGUUUCCAAAGCAUCUCACAAGUUGAUUAUUGAAUUGGCUUCGAGGGAGGACUUGGACAAGCUGAGUCCCAAUAUGCAGGAGUUACUCAGCUGUGAUAGUGACGCCCUAUUUGCAACAGCACCUGGUGGACCCGUGUCUGAAUUUGACUUUGCGUCCCGCUGCUUCUUCCCAAAGGUUGGGUUGGAUGAGGAUCCUGUUUGUGGGAGUGCCCAUUGUGCUCUAGGGCCGUAUUGGUCUACGAAGCUUGGAAAAGAUAACUUGCUGGCUUAUCAGGCUUCGAAAAGAGGAGGAAUACUCGGUCUUCAAGUUGAUAAGAAAAUUGGCAGAGUCUACAUUAGAGGUCAAGCAACUAUGGUGAUGGCUGGGGUACUUGUAAAAUAGUGGUGAAACAAUGAGUCACCUUCUUAAAUCUUGGCAUGUAUAGAUUAAACUCAUUUCAUGAGAGUAUCAGUUUCCGAGGACUUUAUAGAACAAAGUGAUACAUAAUCUUUUGACUUGAGGCCUGAACAAGGGAAACGUCUGCACAGUUUUGUGGUGCUUGUGCAUAUUUCUUGAGAUUCGAGCCUUCGUCUGCCUAGAAGGCAAUUGGCUAUUCUAUAAGCAUUUCUUUGGAUCUACCAUCCAUCAUGGUUAUCUGAGCAGCUAUAUGAAUAAUUAGAACAGAUUACUAUGAUUAAUCAAAUCAA